ACCACCUACUGCUGAUGAUGGAACUUACGGAACGAGUCACUGAACGAAUCUGAAUGAAUCUUUUCGGUGAACGGAAUCAAAAGAUUCGAGUCACUGGGAGGAAUCGAAAUUACCACCGCUACUGGGAACACACACACACACACACACACACACAGUGUGGACCUGUAAGCUACACUAUGAGUCCCAGCCACUAGAUGACGGUAACGAUGUUCAAGUCCAACCGGCCUGCGGCUAAACGAGGAAAUUUAACAUGUCCGCUUGCAAAAUGCUACGGUCUGGUUUGGGGUUACUUCAAUCAUCAUUCCAGUUCACUAAACAGGCAGGCAGAAGUUCACUGGGAAUCAUGGAGCAGGUCCGGGGUUAUUAUGUCGACUGGAGAAUGCUGCGAGAUGUGAAAAGAAGACAGAUGGCGUAUGAGUAUGCAGACACAAGACUGAGGAUCAAUGCCAUCAGAAAGAACACACUCUUACCUAAAGAGUUACAGGAGGUAGCUGAUAAAGAAAUUGCUGCAUUGCCCCGAGACAGCUGCCCAGUACGUAUCCGCAAUAGAUGUGUGAUUACAUCACGACCCCGUGGAGUGAAACACAGGUGGCGUCUGAGCCGCAUCAUCUUCAGACAACUAGCGGACCACAACCAGAUGUCAGGCAUACAGAGAGCGAUGUGGUGAAAACUUAACAAUGGACAAUUCAGUAUUUACAGGUUGCAGCUUCAGUACGGAGAAGCCAGAGAUCAACAUGUUCAAAGUCCCAGCAGAAAUGUAUCAUCCACAUGUGCAUAUGAAUUGCUGUUUUUGAAGAUAUUUUCCUGUAAAGUGUCUUCCUAGUAAUAUUUUGCUGCUUUGUGCAUAAUAAAUCUUAUUCACUAUGAUGCUAUCAGGUGUCUGUCCUGACCAUCAUUGAGGUUUUACAUUUAUAAAGAGACUAAGAAUAAAGACAAUAACACAGACACUCUCCAUAUAGACAUCCAAACAGGGGCAAGGUCACAGCAAGGUCCAAUGUCGGAAAUAGUUUUUCUUGAAUAGGUUCCUUCCUGUUUAUAGUAUAUUUAUGGGUAUUUCAGGCACGCAGAUUCAUAAGGACUAGACUUGUUGGCAGUCGUGGCAUCCCUGUCGACGCCAUUGGCAUCAGGGUCUACUGGUGUAUUAUAAACUUUACAGAUGAAAGAAAUUUAAAAUCUAGCUAAAUACUGAACAGUAACAAUUUGUGUCAAGAUCAUGAUUUUUUUUCCUGCUCCUUGUUUGCUUCUUUGCUUAAGAAAGUAAAUUUCUACUUUAUGUUGUUUAUGCAAUAUCAAUACAUAGUGUAGUUACUGCUAAUAAAGUUAUAGGCUCGUUAAUAUGCAUUUCAAAACUAAAUAGGUAAUAAAAAUUUUAAAGUAACUUUUAAAAAUAACAGCUCUAGUGUUUCAGUAAUGGGUUUAACUAAAAUAACUCAGUUUAAAUUUUCACUUUGCAGUGAAAAUUAUAAACAGGUGACGUAACACUUUAAACACAUUUUAAAUUUAGGGGAAAAUGAUAAAUGAAGCUUAUUAAUCUUAUGUAAAUGUACCUAUAUAUUUACAUAAGAUUAAUAAAUCUUAAUGUUUUAAUUUUAUUUUCAGUUUAAUUUAUUAAUUUUAUAUAUUUUAUUACGUGUUUAUGCAGUAGUAACACGGUGCCUUUAUUUUGGGUUCGUGUGUGUGUGCGCUCGCGCGGGUGUGUAUGAUUGAUACAAACAUGCUUGCUUAUAAAUAUAUCUUUCUAGUAAUUAUGUAUAUCAGUAGUGAUGUGUGUUUCGUUCAGCUGCUGUUUUAAUCAAUGUAUGGAAUAAAAAUAUUGAAGCAACUUUUACUUUGCUAUGGAACCUUUACUUUGCUAUUCCUUUUCUUUCCGUUGUGAGGCAUCUAUCUCCAAAUGCGCGUUCCCGCGACAGGGGGCGCAUUUCGCGGCAGGGAUGCUUUUUUCGGCACAACACCGGAAGUAUAGCAGCAGUGCAGAAUCUUUCUAGAAAAGCGGCUACACAUGCGUAUACUGUGGAGUCUGAGGUAUAUGAAACUGCUUGUUGUAGUGUGAAUAUUAACACCUUAUUUGUGUUUAUCCGAUAAAAUACAUUGAAGGAAACACUUAUUUUUAAAGCAGAUACAGCCAUGGACCUUAGCGAGCAGGUUGGGACCAAUCAGAAAAAUUUGUAAAAGUCUACAUCACAUUAAAAGGAGUGCAUAAAAUCCCUGCUGACAAUGUUCAAGUCAGCUUUGCGGACAGGUCUUUCAGUGUGCUUGUUAAAGAUUUGGAGGGAAAAAACUAUCAAAUGACAGUCAACAACCUCUUGUGCCCCAUUGUAGUUGAGGAGAGCAGUAGAAAGGUG